AUGACCUCGGAACUCAAAUUCCCUGUUGAUCUGACCCAGUUCAAAAAGCUCAAGCUUGAUCACAAAAAUCCUAGACUAUCAGAUCAACAGAGACGAGAUCUCCAGCACAACAUUGAUGUAUUCCGAGACGCUAUUAUCGCCUUCACCGCCACCGGCGCGGCUCGGGGAGUCGCUGGCCACACUGGAGGUCCCUAUGACACAGCCCCGGAGGUAUGCAUUCUUUUGGCAUUUAUCAACAAUGCACCUGAGAGUUUCGUGGAUACCCUGUUCGACGAGGCCGGACAUCGUGUCGCUACACAAUAUUUGCUUGCUGCCCUCGAUGGCAAGAUCGAACCCGAUCACCUUCUGCAGUACCGUGCUGCCGACUCAAAGCUUCCAGGCCAUCCGGAAUUGGGGUUGACCCCGGGCAUUAAGUUCAGCUCCGGGAGACUCGGCCACAUGUGGGGCAUGGUGAAUGGUAUUGCUAUGGCCAAUAAGAACAAGAACGUAAUUCUGUUAGGUUCAGAUGGCUCCCAGCAAGAAGGUAACGACGCAGAAGCGGCAAGAAUUGCAGCGGCCAACAAUCUACGAGUCAAGCUCUUCAUUGACAAUAACGAUGUCACAAUCGCCGGACACCCCUCAGAGUAUCUGAAAGGCUUCGAAAUGGCCCGUACUAUAGAGGGUCAUGGAAUCAAAGUCGUCAGCGCUCAAGGAGAGGACCUUGACUCACUUUAUCCCGCCAUCUGUGAGGUGAUCAACCAUGACGGUCCUGCUGCCGUCGUCUCAAACCGUAAAAUGGCGGCAGGUAUUGAGGGCAUAGAGGGCCAGACUUCCGCCCAUGAAGUGAUCAAGGUUGAUAUUGCUCGCGAGUACCUUACAAAGCGAGGCUACAAGCCGGAACAGCUCGCUUUCUAUGACCAAAUCAAGCCCGGACGAGAUCCGCACCAGUAUCUUGGCUCCACCAAAGACGAAGGUGCCAAUCGCGUUAUCUUUGGUGAGGCAGUCAACUCGGUUCUCGACACAUUGAGCAAAGAGGAAGCCAUCCGUCGAGUUAUGGUUAUUGAUUCCGAUCUGGAAGGCUCGACCGGCUUGAAGUCUAUUCAUACCAAACAUCCCGAAGUUUUCGUUCCGUCAGGAGUCAUGGAGCGCGGAAACUUUUCUGCUGCCGCUGGCUUCGGUUUUAGAAGCAACGGAGAGCGCCAAGGAGUCUUUUCAACCUUUUCAGCUUUCUUGGAAAUGAUCAUUUCUGAAAUUACGAUGGCUCGUCUUAAUGAGUGCAGCGUGUUGUCACAUUUUUCGCAUUCAGGAAUAUCAGGAAUGGCGGAUAAUACAUGCCACUUUGGAUUAAAUCAUUUCUUUGCGGACAAUGGUCUGAUGGAUGCCGAGACCACCACUCUUUACUUUCCAGCGGACGGCGAACAGAUGAAGGCGGUAGUGAAGAAAGUCUUCUUCGACAAGGGUCUGCGCUUCAUCUUCUCCAUUAGGUCCCCUGUUCCUUAUCUUUUAAAGGACGGUUCUUCUGACCAGCUACUCUAUGGCGAGGGGUACGAGUUUGUUCCUGGAAAAGAAGAAGUGAUUCGUCGUGGUUCUGCCGGCUACGUCGUCUCGUACGGUGAUAUGGUGUUCCGAUCCCUUGAUGCCGUCGAGCGCCUUAGGAAGGAGGGUAUUGACGUUGGUCUUAUCAAUAAGCCGACACUUAAUAUCGUCGACGAGGAGACAAUCAAGCUCUACGGCUCUUCUCCCUUUGUGGUUGUUGUGGAGUCUAUUGCUCAGAAGACUGGUCUUGGGUCUCGCCUCGGGUCUCAACUGCUUGAGCGCAAUCUCACACCGAAGUACAAGUGCAUUGGUGCUAUUCGAGAAGGUAGUGGUGGCCUAUAUGAGCAGAUCAAUGCCCAGGGGCUAAGUGUGGAUGGUAUCAUUGCCGCUGUCAAGUCGGUUGCGUAG